GACAAGUGAUGCUUUUUAUGAAGAUCCAGAUGUGUUCUACUUGUCCACUCACCAAGAAUUGAUUUUUCCAGGCACGGGUAUAAUUCCCGAGGUAGGUUAUGGAGACGGUGAGGGUGCAACGCUAAAUUUGCCUUUGCCCAAAGGCUCAGGAGAUUAUGCCAUGAGGAGUGUGUUUGAUGAAGUCAUUGUGCCCUGUGCUCAGAGGUUCAAGCCAGAUAUAAUUCUUGUCUCCGCCGGGUAUGACGGUCACGUUCUUGACCCGCUAGGGGAUUUGCAGUUCACGACGGGAACAUAUUACAAGCUGGCCUCAAAUAUCAAACAGCUCGCCAAAGAUCUGUGCGGGGGCCGCUGCGUUUUUUUCCUGGAGGGAGGAUAUAACCUUGAUUCUCUGGCAAAUUCAGUGGCGGAAUCUUUCCGAGCCUUGCUUGGAGAGAAAAGCUCGGCGAGCGAGUUUGAUAACCCUGCCAUCCUGGCUGCCGAGCCAUCCGCAAAGGUGAUCAAGAAAGCGAUUCGGAGCGUUAAAUCCAUACACUCCCUCUGAAUCAUCAUCAUCAUCAUCAUCAAACAUACAUAUGAAGUCUAAAGGGAACACCAUUCUUGAAAAUACAUUUUAUUUUUUUUUACUAAUCCCAAGAAAUUGAACAACAAAAAUUCCCAACUUUUUUAGACUUUAAAAUGACACAAGUCUUAUUUGCCUAGUUCUAUGUCACACAAAAGGCCUAUAUAUUGGACUUACUAGCUUUGGUAGCCAUCAAGAAUGAGUUUUUUUGGCUAAUUUUGACUUUUGAUGAAUCCUUAAUUAAUCAUCUAUGGUGCAUAUAUGUUCUUCCUUUUACGAUAUAAAGAAAGUAUGAAAGACCGCAGUAAACGAAAAAGAUGCAUUUUUUUUAAUCCGUUUUACCGCUCUUGUGUCUCCAAUCAACUUGUAACAACAUAAUUAACUAUGAUUUACUACUUUAAGAAAACUGAGUAAGGUAA